UGGGGCUGCCGAGGGGUUCGGCGACGCGGAGGGCCGGAGACUCCGGGCCGCUCGGGACCCGGAGGGUCACCCGGGCCUCCGCGGAGACCAUGGCGGAAGAAGAAGGACCAACAGUAGAACUGCGCCAAAGAAAAAAGCUGAAGUCUUCAGAAAAUAAGGAAUCUGUCAAAGAAGAGAAAAUCAGUGACACUCCAAUUCCUGAAAGAGCUCCAAAACGAAGAUACUCAGUCUUACUAGUUCUGGAAGCAGUCUUGAGGCCCAAGGUCGUCCUGUCUACAUCAGGGCCAGAUGUAUUAUUUCAGCGCUUUGCAAAGAUUUUCAUUGGCUGUCUUGCAGCAGUUACUAGUGGUAUGAUGUAUGCUCUCUAUUUAUCAGCAUACCAUGAACGGAAAUUCUGGUUUUCCAACAGGCAGGAACUUGAACGAGAAAUCACAUUUCAAGGUGACAGUGCCAUUUAUUACUCUUAUUAUAAAGAUAUGUUAAAAGCGCCCUCAUUUGAAAGAGGUGUUUAUGAAUUGACACACAAUAACAAAACUGUAUCUCUGAAGACUAUAAAUGCAGUGCAGCAAAUGUCUCUGUAUCCAGAACUUAUUGCCAGUGUUUUAUAUCAAGCAACUGGUAGCAAUGAGAUUAUUGAGCCAGUUUAUUUCUAUAUUGGCAUUGUUUUUGGAUUGCAAGGAAUAUAUGUUACUGCUUUAUUUGUUACAAGUUGGCUUAUGAGUGGAACAUGGCUAGCAGGAAUGCUUACUGUUGCAUGGUUCAUUAUUAACAGGGUAGAUACAACAAGAAUUGAAUACUCCAUUCCUUUAAGAGAAAACUGGGCACUACCAUAUUUCGCAUGCCAAAUUGCUGCACUUACAGGCUAUUUAAAAAGCAACUUAAAUACUUAUGGAGAGAGAUUUUGCUACUUAUUGAUGAGUGCUUCAACUUACACAUUUAUGAUGAUGUGGGAGUACAGCCACUAUCUCUUAUUUCUUCAAGCAGUAUCUCUUUUCUUGCUAGAUAGUUUUUCACUGGAGCAAAGUGACAAGGUUCAUGAAGUUUAUAAAAUCUAUAUAUUUUCUCUCUUUCUGGGAUAUUUACUGCAGUUUGAGAAUUCAGCUUUAUUGGUGUCUCCUUUAUUGAGUUUAGUAGUAGCCUUAAUGCUUGCUAAGUGCCUUCAGCUGAAUGUGAAGAAGGGAACUUUUAUAGCUAAAAUAAUGAAAGUGAUUAAGUUUUACUUGGUGUGUACUCUGACAGUGACACUGAACAUUAUAAUGAAGAUGUUUGUCCCACACAAAGAAAAUGGGCACAUGCUGAAAUUCCUUGAAGUAAAAUUUGGACUAAAUAUGACUAAGAAUUUUACAAUGAAUUGGCUCCUAUGUCAAGAAUCCCUGCAGGCACCAUCUCAAGAUUUUUUUUUGCGAUUGACACAGUCUUCUUUAUUACCUUUCUAUAUUUUAGUGUUAAUUAUUUGUUUUCUUUCUAUGAUGCAAGUUAUUUUUAGGAGAAUUGGUGGUAAGUCCUUGAAAGAAACUAUUACUCUUGAAGAUGGACGAAUUGGAGGAAGGCCAGAAAUAAUUUAUCAUGUGAUUCACACCAUUUUAUUGGGCUCUCUUGCAAUGGUUAUAGAAGGUUUGAAAUACCUCUGGACUCCAUAUGUGUGCAUGUUAGCAGCAUUUGGUGUAUGUUCUCCUGAACUUUGGAUGACACUUUUCAAGUGGCUUCGAUUACGAACUGUACACCCAGUAUUGUUGGCUCUUAUUCUGAGUAUGGCUGUUCCCACUAUAAUAGGUCUCAGCUUAUGGAAAGAGUUUUUUCCAAGAUUAAUGACAGAAUUAAUGGAACUACAAGAAUUUUAUGACCCAGAUACAGUGGAACUUAUGACCUGGAUAAAAAGGCAAGCUCCAGUUGCAGCUGUGUUUGCAGGGAGUCCACAGUUAAUGGGCGCCAUUAAAUUAUGCACUGGAUGGAUGGUGACCAGCUUGCCCCUUUACAAUGAUGAUGAUCUUCUCAAGAGAAAUGAAAACAUCUAUCAAAUCUAUUCAAAGCGAUCUGCUGAGGAUAUUUAUAAAAUACUGACAUCCUACAAGGCUAAUUACCUAAUUGUAGAGGAUGCUAUCUGCAAUGAGGUGGGAACCACGAGAGGCUGUAGGGUUAAAGAUUUAUUAGACAUUGCAAAUGGCCACGUGGUUUGCGAAGAAGGUGACAAGUUAACCUACUCAAAAUAUGGGCGAUUUUGUCAUGAAGUCAAAAUUAACUAUUCUCCAUAUGUGAAUUAUUUCACUAGAGUAUACUGGAACAGAUCCUACUUUGUAUAUAAAAUCAACACUGUGAUAUCCUUUCAGUCUUGAAAGACAGCGGAGCCUUCAUUUCAAAGACUUAUAUCACUUGAAGGAAAAUGUGAUUUUCUUCUUACCUACACGGUGUCUUUUAGAAAUCAGAGUAUGGACAUUUGAAAUGCUGCUGCUUUUUCCCUCCUGCUCUUAACUGGAUUCAGAGUUCUGCAGGGAAUAGAACAUCAAACAUUACUGUCCUUUGGUAAAAUGUCAAAUCUACCAGUCUGUCAUAUUCUGGUCAGGUGUUUUCCUUAUCAUUACAUGGUCUUUACAGACUUUAUCUUCUCAUUAUCUUCUCAACUAUUAUAAAAUUGUCCUCAUAAAUCUUCAUUCUGUCUUAACAUAGGUCUUGAAUUUGAAUAUGUUCAAGGUGAGAAUAUAUUUCUCAAAUAGAACAUUUAAUAAAUAUUUCAUUUAAUGUCAUAUAAUUAUAGACUCAAAAGAAGGGAUUCCUCUUACCCUCACGGCAGUUUCUGAAGGUAUUUCAUGGUUUAUAAUAGAAUUGAAAUAGUACAGUAAAAACUAAUUUAAAUGUUAGCUGAUAAUAUGUGACAUUUAAAUUAAAAUUUGUAAAUUGUAUAAAGGAAUGUGAUUUUGAAGGAUAUACAUAGAGAUAUAUCCAGAUGUUCCAUGAUACGGCUCUCAUCAUCUGCUGCUUGUAUAACUGUGCACUUUCUUAGUAAAAUACAUACAUGAU